GUGAAGUGUUAUUACAUUAAAAAAAAACUGUCUGUCUUUAAGAUGGUAUUCUGGAAAUUAAGUAGUAGAGUUAGUCGUGAAAUAAUAGCGGAAUUCAUUGGAUCUUUUAUACUAGUGACUUUUGCCAUAGGAGCCGGUGCUCAAUUAACACUCAGUAAUGGACAAAUGGGCAAUUUUCUAUCUCUUAACAUUGCUGGCGGACUUGGGCUGACAUUUGGCAUUUACUUUAGUGGUGGCGUAUCUGGAGGGCAUCUAAAUCCAGCAGUUACUCUUGGUUUCUGUAUAAUGGGUAAAACUGCCUGGUGGAAAUGGCCCCUCUACAGUAUAGCACAGUUAGCAGGAUCAUUUGUGGCAGCAGCUGUUCAGUUUGGAAUAUAUCAUGAUGCAAUCAACCAUUUUGAUGGGGGAAUAAGGUCCACAUAUGGUAACACGUCUACAGCGGGAAUAUUUUCCACAUUUCCACAGGAAUUCGUAUCUACAACUAAUGCAUUUUUCGAUCAAGUGUUUGCAACAUUUUUAUUUUUAUUACUUGGAUGCAUUCAUGCUGUAGCUGACGAGAAGAAUAUGAUGCCACCAAAAGGCAUUAUACCAAUAGCAAUGGGUAUGAUCGUAACAGCGAUCGGGACAUCUUUUGCUUUUAACUGUGGUUAUGCUAUAAACUGUGCAAGAGAUUUUGGACCAAGGCUGUUUACAGUAAUAGCUGGCUGGGGUUUAGAACCUAUCAGUUACAGAAAUUAUAACUGGUUUUGGGUGCCAAUUGUUGGGCCAUUAGUUGGAUCCGUCAUUGCGAGCUAUGUUUACAUUGCACUAAUACAAUACCACUGGCCGAGGAGGGAAGACGAGAAACCGGAAGUAGUGACAAUACAUGUCAAUGGAAAAGAUAAUGCUGCUUUUGAACCAGAGUCUGAAAAAUUUUAGACCCUAAAACUCAUUAUUUAAGUCCCUAUUAACUGUACUGAAUACGGAUGUGAUCAUUUAUAUAUAUGUAAGAUCAUUAUAGUCGAAAAAUACAUCAGAGACAUAUCGUCCAUUGCAGUGGGCAAACAUCCGUUGACAGUGACAGUGAUCUCACUCAAAAGAACUAGCGAAUAAUACGAUUCCGUAAUAAAUAUGUUGUGCACAAAUUUUUACAAAUUUUCUACUUUCAAAUUUGUACCUUCUGCACCGACGCACUUACUACGUAUCUUGAACCACAGAUACUCUCGGACAGCACUUACAGUUAUAUCGAACUGUUCGUAGACAUCCAUGUCGUUUGGUUAGUGUGUAUAGUUGUCUCAUUGAUAUCAUAACACAUCUCCACAUUUUAUAUUUAGUUGUUCUUAGCCUAGAUAAUUAAUAUUGCUAUCCUUGUAGUACCCAUACAGUUUCAAUCUUUGAAAUUACAACUGUAGCCUUUUGUAAAAUUUGAUUUAUACAAGAUUGAACGAUGAAACUAUUAUAGCAUGCCUAACUGGAUAUAUUAAACACAAUAAAUAUAUA